AUGAUGAAGGAACACCUUUCCACCUUUCGUUCUCAGCUUGAAGAUUUUGCUCGCAAGCAUAAGAAUGACAUCCGCAAGAACCCUGCAUUCAGAUCACAGUUUCAUGAGAUGUGUGCUAAGGAACUGUGUAAUCUCCUUCGCCAGAGACGAAAAAGUGACAGAGGAGUUGUUUCCGAAGAUGAUUGCCUGCGCGCUAUCAGUAAACUGAAGGUUCUAGGCAGCGGGUUUGAAGUUAUUUCUGUUGGAAAGAAAAAACUUGUUCGUUCUGUUCCAACUGAGCUGAACAAAGACCAUAACGAAAUUCUAGAACUUGCCCAGGGUCAAGGGUUUGUGACGGUAGAUCAAGUAGAACGGCAGCUAUCUUGGACUUCGGGUCGUGCCAUUGAUGCACUUGAUACAUUACUUGAUGACGGGCUUGCAAUGAUUGAUGAUGGCCACAAAGAUGGAAAACGGCGGUACUGGUUUCCGUGUGUAUCACCCAUUUCAUCUUUGACAGGAACCGAUUCCUUGUAA